AUUGCGGAAAGGCCUAGUCCGCCCGUCUCCGAGGAGGCAGCAGCCUGGUGGGACGGAGCGGGCGCGCAGCGCCGCCGAUCUCGCCGGCAUGUGGGGCAGCGGCAAUCCCGGUGGAGGGGGUGUUGGAGCCGCUGCUGUGACGGUCGUCCUGAGCGGAACGCGGGACUGCUUCCUGCACUUGCCUCCCGUGCUGGCCUCUAACCUACGCCUGCAGCAGGGCCAAGCUGUGAAAAUAUCCUAUGGUCGUCAGCCUGUGUUUUUGAGCUGGAUAGAAAUCAGGCAUCGAGGUCACCAGAGUGAAAAUAUUGCAGAGAUUAACAGACAGUUAGCAGAGAAACUUGGCAUUGCAGCUGGAGAACAGGUAUUUCUUGAACCCUGUUCCCAUGUCUCCUCCUGUCAGCAAGUAGAAGUGGAACCACUCUCAGCAGAUGACUGGGAAAUUCUGGAGCUGCACGCUUUCUCUCUUGAAAAACACCUUCUGGACCAGAUUCGAAUAGUAUUUCCAAAAGCUAUCUUUCCUGUGUGGAUUGAGCAGCACACUCACAUUUACAUCAAAGUUGGUGCACUUACACCAGCAACCUCCUAUGGGAGAUUAGAACCAUGCACAGAGCUUCUGAUAUGUCCCAAAACACGUGAGCCUGAGGAAAAUAUCACCAGCAUGCCUUCCACAGAAAGUGACACCUUGCUCAAAAAUUUUGUGAAAAAUAACAUGGAGCAAGAAGAAACAGUAAAGGAUCCUUUUGCCAAACAACCUUACUUAAAGCCAGGAGUCCUUGAACAGAGUAAGACUGAUGCAAAUGUGACAUUUGGCUCAAGCAUUGUCCCAAAUGUGUGGAAUUUCAUAGGGAGCAUUUUCUCUCAUACAUCUGAGCAAAAAGAGAAGACUUUGUGUGGUAAAGAUGAAAUGAGCACUUUGAAAGACAAGCUGAUGAAUUUCAUUUGCAUGGAUUCCGUUUUUAGAGUAUGUCAGGCCCAGCCUCCUAGCGUACAGAAUGCAUCUGCCACUCAUGCAUUUCUGAAAUGCAAUGCUAUUCAUAUUUUCCCGUGGAAUUUAGAAUUUAUUGAUUUGGAUCCAAUUCCUGUAGUAUCUUAUGGACGAAUUAAUGAACUGCUUUCCCCAAGACAGCAUCACCAAGAAGCAAAGCAAAACCUGCCAUUUGAAAAGCAAAAGCAUUUGACUGGCCUGCAAGACAAGAAUCAUUCAAAUUCUCAUAGCAGUUUAACAUCCAGUGAGGGAUCUGUUGUUCAGAUGGUUUGGAAUGGAUUUGAAGACCUGAAGAGUGUCAUCGAGUGUGGCCACAGUGGGGAAGCCCUACAUAUUGGAAGAGUUUGGAUUCCAGAUGGUCUGAGAAAAAAACUGCAUAUAGAAAUACAUUCAACAGUCCGAAUUAAGUCAGUUGAAUCUAUUCCUAAAAUUCCUGUAUCUCUUAUACUGCAACCCAAACAGAACUUACAUAAAGAUAUACAUGAGGAUGAUGUUAAAUCUGCUUUCAGUUCUUGGCUGCAGGAUUCCACUACUGAUGAUCACCCAUGGAUAAUGACAAGCACAGACUGUAUACAUCUAUCUGUUAAAGAAGGUGGAAUGGAAGAGUUUCUCCUUAAUGUAGUACAUCCUACACACAUUGAAGAAAAUAAGUCUGAGAAUAUUUUUAUACUGAGUCCCAGUUUGCUGCAAAAGACUAAUAUACAAGUUCUUUUACAUCCUCUAACUAGACCAGCUGACAUUGACAACCAGCCGCCUGGGUGUGAUUCAGACAGGAGUCUUCCUUACCACAAACUAAACGAUUUAGGAGGAGUGGACAAAUUGGGAACAUCUUCCUUUGAACACAUAAGCCACAGUCUUCUGGGACGUCCUUUAUCUCAAAAGCUGGCUGCUAUUGCUGUGGGACUGCAAAGUGGAGGGGUGCUUCUCACAGGAGGAAAGGGAAGUGGAAAGUCAACAUUAGCAAAGGCCAUCUGCAAAGAAGCAUUUAAUAGACUGGAUGCUCAUGUAGAAGUAAUUGAUUGUAAAGCUUUAAGAGGAAAAAGAUUAGUAAACAUAAGGAAAACUGUGGAAGAAGCGAUUUUAGAGGCAGCAUGGAGACAACCAUCCAUUCUUUUUAUGGAUGAUCUUGAUCACAUUGUUGGUGCACCUUCUACACCAGAGCAUGAGAGCAGCCCUGAAAUCAUUCAGAGCAAUAGACUGGCUUAUGUUUUGAAAGAUCUGAUAAAAGAAGUUAUUUCCAUGGGGAGUUUGAUUGCAUUAAUUGCCACAAGUGAGUCUGAAUAUUCCCUACAUCCCGCUCUGGUUUCAGCUCAAGGAACUCACAUAUUUCAGUGCUUCAAAUGUAUUCAAUCUCCAGAUCAGAAGCAAAGGUGUGAAAUGCUGUGUUCUAUAAUAAAGCAGAAACUGAAUUCUGAUACAAAGAUGUUCCGUGAUCUUGACCUCCAGUGUAUUGCAAAGGAAACAGAAGGUUUUGUUGCUAGAGACUUCACGCUACUGGUUGAUCGUGCCAUUCAUGCUUGUAUUUCCAACCAGAAUGCAUUGCAAAAUGGUGAAGAAUUUAACCUGUCAACUAUGGACUUUCAGAAGGCUCUAAAAGACUUUACUCCAUUAGCUCUGAGAAAUUUCAACCUACAUAAACCUAAAGACAUUGGCUGGGACAUGAUUGGUGGCUUAAAAGAUGUGAAGCAAAUGCUUAUGGAUACCAUCAUGUUACCUGCCAAGUAUCCAGAAUUAUUUGCAAACCUGCCCAUACAACAGAGGUCAGGACUCUUGCUGUAUGGAGCACCUGGAACAGGAAAAACACUAUUAGCAGGAGGAGCUGCUCGAGAGAGUGGAAUGAAUUUCAUCAGCAUUAAGGGACCGGAGCUGCUCAGCAAAUACAUUGGAGCAAGUGAGCAAGCAGUACGAGAUAUCUUUAACAGAGCUCAGGCAGCUAAGCCUUGUGUUGUUUUCUUUGAUGAGUUUGAUUCUCUUGCUCCUCGCCGAGGUCAUGACAACACAGGAGUUACUGACCGAGUGGUUAACCAACUAUUGACUCAGUUAGAUGGUGUGGAAGGCUUACAAGGGGUUUAUGUGUUGGCUGCUACUAGCCGCCCAGAUUUGAUUGACCCUGCUUUGUUAAGGCCAGGUCGACUGGAUAAGUGUCUGUACUGUCCACCUCCUGAUCAGAGUUCACGCUACGACAUCUUAAAAGCCCUCAGUCAUUCCCUGCCCUUGGCAAACGAUGUGGACUUCCAGGAGCUGUCAGCAAAAACAGAACGGUUCACAGGGGCUGACCUAAAGGCUUUAUUGUACAAUGCCCAGUUAGAGGCAAUCCAUACUAAUUUAGGUUCAGGUUUAACACAGGAUUUUGGUUCUAGUUCUGAUAGUGACUUCAGUCUCUCUUCCAUGGUUUUUCUAAACCACAGCAGUGGCUCAGACGAUUCAGCAACAGAUGGAGAAGUGGGGCUAGAGCAUUCUCUUAUUUCUUUAGACAUGUCUGACUUGCUUCCUGAAGAUCCAAGGUCCAACAUGUAUCGUCUUUAUUUUGGAAGUUCUUAUGAAUCAGAGCUGGGGAAUGGAACUCCUUCAGAACUGAGCUCUUUGUGCUUGUCUGGACCAAACUCCAUCAGCCAUGAUUUUACCGGCAUGACUCAGAGAGAUGCAGCAUCAUCACAACCUUCAAUGCUUAGAACAGCUUCUCAAGAAGACUCCCUGGAAAAUAACCAGGAGCAGCAAACAGAGCACCUGAGAACAGAAAUCAGUGCUAUCAAAGCCAAUUACAGAAACAAGAGUGGAGAGGACAGCACCCCUAAUCACUCAGUGCUUGCCAAGAACACUUUAAUUAUUACCCAGUCCCAUCUGAUGACUGCACUUGAAGGUACAAGACCAUCCAUUAGCCAAGAUGACUGGAAGAAUUUUAUGGAACUGUAUGAUAAUUUUCAGAAUUCCAGGAAGAGGAAAGGACAAGUUGGCUCAACCUUCAGACCAGGACAAAAAAUUACUCUAGCUUAGUAACUUGUAUUUGCUUGUAAUUGCUAAACUGUAACUGGAUUCAAAAUGUGAUUAAAUCAGAUAAUUUGUAUU